AUGGGAGAAUCCGUAGGGGCCGUGAAGAGGAUUCGAACCAAUGCGGUGCGUGUUCCCCAGGCACACGCCCCCGGACAACCAGGCCAAGACAUGGUCAAAAGGAUUGCAACCUGGAGUUCUACUGAACACACGAGGGAUUCCUGGGGCUUCCACUCAAGCUGGACGAUCAGAAUUUUCACAACAUUUAUUCUUUGUACUCUGGCUGGCAACUGUUGUUGGAUUGCCUCUUGGGAAGGUUCAGAAGGUCGUCCACUGGACCAACUCGUCCACUGGAUCAGCUCGUCCACUGGAUCAACUCGUCCACUGGAUCAACUCAUCCACUGGAUCAACUCGUCCACUGGACCAACUCGUCCACUGGACCAACUCAUCCACUGGAUCAACUCGUCCACUGGAUCAACUCGUCCACUGGAUCAACUCGUCCACUGGAUCAGCUCGUCCACUGGAUCAACUCGUCCACUGGAUCAACUCAUCCACUGGAUCAACUCGUCCACUGGAUCAACUCAUCCACUAGAUCAACUCGUCCACUGGAUCAACUCGUCCACUGGACCAACUCGUCCACUGGAUCAGCUCGUCCACUGGAUCAACUCAUCCACUGGACCAACUCAUCCACUGGAUCAACUCGUCCACUGGACCAACUCGUCCACUGGACCAACUCAUCCACUGGAUCAACUCGUCCACUGGAUCAGCUCGUCCACUGGAUCAACUCGUCCACUGGACCAACUCGUCCACUGGACCAACUCGUCCACUGGACCAACUCGUCCACUGGACCAACUCGUCCACUGGACCAACUCGUCCACUGGAUCAGCUCGUCCACUGGACCAACUCAUCCACUGGACCAACUCAUCCACUGGACCAACUCGUCCACUGGACCAACUCAUCCACUGGACCAACUCGUCCACUGGACCAACUCGUCCACUGGAUCAACUCGUCCACUGGACCAACUCAUCCACUGGACCAACUCAUCCACUGGACCAACUCGUCCACUGGACCAACAAUUUUUUUCUUAUGAAGUGA